ACGCAUGCGCAUUGAAACGUGAUUCCUAAUUGAUAUUGACUUCCGGUUCAAUGUCCUUUCAAUGAAUUUCUUUUAAUCAGCUGAUAAUAAUAAAUCCAUUUAGAAUUCUUAGAAUCCAGAUCUCGACUACCACUUUAUACACACAUAUAUAAACAACACGAUCCUUUAUAAGACAUUUGCAACAUCAGAUGACAGAAGAAGCAUCCUCAAUAUCUACCACAUUUGAAAGACUAAGCGAAAAUAUUAUAUAAAAGAGAUGUAUAACAUUGUUUCUACAAAUCUGUGGAAGAAUUCCUGUGAAACAUUUGCUCUAAAAUAUUGAUAUUAACCAAAUUUCUCAACAUCACUGACUAGUAUGUCAAGAACUGGAGCGUAUGUAUCACUAAAACUUGGAUAAAUUUACAGACGUUUUGCUGAACAAAGACUACACUAGAGGGAAAUCCUGUAGUAGAAGUGUAUGUAAGGAAUAAAGUAUAAAAACAAAAGCAAGAAAAAUAUAUUGACUGGGAUUUGAGAGAAAAAGUAAAAGAAAAGAGAGAAAAUUAUAGAAUUGAUUUUUCCUCUUAACACAUGAGAAAAGAGAUGACCUCAUAUGAUUGUGAUAUCUGUAGAAAGUCCUUCUCUCGAAAAAGUAACCUAAUUAUGCACAAACAUAUUCAUACAGGAGAGAAACCAUAUUGUUGUGAUAUCUGUGGUAAACCAUUCUCUCGAAAUAGUAGCUUAUCUAGACACAAAUACAUUCAUACGGGAGAGAAACCAUAUCAUUGUGAUACCUGUGGUAAAUCAUUCUCUAGCAGUAGUCACUUAUCAAGACACAAAUAUAUUCAUACUGGAGAGAAGCCAUAUCACUGUGAUAUCUGUGGUAAAUCAUUCUCUGAUAAUGGUACCUUAAGAAAACACAUACGAAUUCAUACAGGAGAGAAGCCCUACCACUGUGAUAUCUGUGGUAAAUCAUUCUCUCAAAUUAGUCCGUUAACUGCACACAAACGUAUUCAUACAGGAGAGAAACUUUUUCAUUGUGACAUCUGUGGUAAAUCAUUCUCUAGAAGUGGUCACUUAUCUACACAUAAAUAUAUUCAUACAGGAGAGACACCCCAUCAUUGCGAUAUUUGUGGUAAAUCAUUCUCUCAAAAUGGUGACUUAACAAGACACAUACGUAUCCAUACAGGAGAGAAACCGUAUCAUUGUGAUGUCUGUGGUAAAUCAUUCUCUCAAAAUAGUGAGUUAACAAGACACAAACAUAUUCAUACAGGAGAGAAGCCAUAUCGUUGUAAUAUCUGUGGUAAAUCAUUUUCUGAAAAUAGUGCUGUUACAAAACAUGUACGUACUCAUACAGGAGAGAAACCAUAUCACUGUGAUAUCUGUGGUAAAUCAUUUUCUCGAAGUAGUAACUUAACAAAACACGUACGUAUUCAUACAGGAGAGAAGCCAUAUCACUGUGAUAUCUGUGGUAAAUCAUUCUCUCAAAAUAAUGACUUACAUACACACAAACGUAUUCAUACAGGAGAGAAGCCAUAUCAUUGUGAUAUCUGUGGUAAAUCUUUCACUUACAAUAGUGACAUAACUAGACACAAACUCAGUCAUACAGGUGAGAAACCAUAUGAUUGUGAUAUCUGCGGUAAAUCAUUCUCUCGAAGUAUUCACCUAUCUGUACACAAACGUAUUCAUACAGGAGAGAAACCAUAUCAUUGUGAUGUCUGUAGUAAAUCAUUCUCUCAAAGUUAUGCUUUAAAGAGACACGAACGUAUUCAUACAGGAGAGAAGCCAAAUUACUGUGAGAUCUGUGGUAAAUCAUUUUCUGAAAGUUUCAAUUUAUCUGUACACAAACGUACUCAUACGGGAGAGAAGCCAUAUCACUGUGAUAUCUGUGGUAAAUCAUUCUCUGAAAACAGUGCCUUACCAAGGCACAAACGCAUUCAUACAGGAGAGAAACCAUAUCAUUGUGAUUACUGUGGUAAGUCAUUCCCGCAAAGCAAUGCCUUAACUUCACACAGGCGUGUUCAUACAGGUGAGAAGCCAUAUUGUGAUAUUUGUGGUAAAUCAUUCUCUCAAAGUAGUUCAUUAACACAACACAAGCGUAUUCAUACAGGAGAGAAGCCAUAUCACUGUGAUAUCUGUGGUAAAUUAUUUUCUCAAAAUAGUGCCUUAACUGCACACAAACGUAUUCACACAGGAGAGAAACCCUAUCAUUGUGACAUUUGUGGUAAUACAUUCUCUGUAAGUAGUUCGUUAACACAACACAAACGUAUUCAUACAGGUGAGAAACCAUAUUGUGAUAUCUGUGGUAAAUCAUUCUCUGAAAGUAGUUCAUUAACACAACACAAACGUAUUCAUACGGGAGAGAAGCCAUAUAAUUGUGGUAUUUGUGGUAAAUCAUUCUCUCAAAAUAGUGCCUUAACUACACACAAACGUAUCCAUACAGGAGAGAAACCGUAUCAUUGUGAUGUUUGUGGUAAAUCCUUCUAUCAAAAUUGUAACUUAACAAAACACAAACAUAUUCAUACGAGAGAGAAAGGAAAAGGGUAGAGAUUUUUUGUUUUGUUGUUUCAAUAUUCACCUCCCACUCAUAUUUAUUUCCCAUAAUGUAAGGACCUCUAUACCAAAUCCACUUCUCCUGAUAACCCUACACAUUAUUCUUUCUUGAAUAUCGCAUCCUGUAAUUACAGCAUAUUUCCUGUUUAUUGUAUUUUAAAUGGUUCACUCAUUAAUUAUGUUACACAAUAACAUAAAUUAUUAAUUUUUUAUGCUCAGGAAUAUUGUAAAGUUGUCAAAUAUAUACAGAAAAAAUGACCCCCAAAUACAAAAGAGAAGAAAGCACAAAAGAAGAACGUGUGACAUAAGUGUAGUUUAGUGCCCCACAUCAGGCUGAUUCCUUGUUAGUUUCUGAAUAAUGUUUUCUUUAAAUUAAACUUUGCAGAGAUAGGUUUUGAAUUAUCCAAAUUAUGAUGAUUUUCAUUAAACUGAGAAGCGUUUGGGAGAUUUCUCACUAUCCUUUGUCAACUCUGUUCCACUUUGAUAAACUUAUCCACUUCUUCUACAUGUGAGGUUAAAUUCAGUUCAGCCUAGAUAACCUAUAAAAUAUCUUUUGUUACUCUGACCUAGCUUAGCUAAGAAAUUUUUAUAAGAACGGAAC